CUGCUCUUUGUGCCAUUUCACUUUCCUCAGGGAAGUCGCUGAUGUGUUGGUUUCCUCUCUCUCUCUCUCUCUGUUCCCAACACCGCAGUUGGUUGGUGUCUCGGGGCUGUGUGGGGAGCGGUUGGAGCUCAGGGCCUCGCGGCCUCUCGCAAACACAACAAGAAAUGGAGCCGCUGAAAAUCGAGUGGAUCGGGUCUCCCUGCGGCACCCACGGACCCUACACUUUCUACAAAGCCUUCAGCCUGACCCGGGGCUCGGCCGAUGCUAAGAUCAAGUCGCUGUCGGUCAGACUCGGCCACUUCUUCUUUGUCAGAUGCCAACCCCAUGAGCCCGAGAGCAUCGCUGAGCUGCAGCUCCUGUGGGAGGAUCGGGGCCGCCAGCAGCUCCUCGCCAGUGUCCGGCUGUACUGCAGCCCCGAGCACACCCCGCAAGGACGGAAACUGCUUCAUGGGCAGGAUGAGGUCAUUGCGGUCUCAAAGAAGAUAAUUAUCCGGUUACAGGACUUGGCGAAAUGGUUGUGCGCUGAGCCAGCGCAUUGGGCUGCCAACGUAGACACAGUAAAAGACAACACUAGAGACAUGAACAGCAGAUGGGGGGGGGGUCCUGAGCACAUAUGCAGGCCGGCGUCUCGCUGCAACCGCAACACAAAGGAACCACAACAUGAGUGUAAAAAUCCAGGGGUUAAAGACGAGCGUCUACGAGUCAAGGUGCUGAGCUACCCCCAGUAUUGCCGCUAUCGGGCCAUGCAGAAGCGGAUUCAGAAAGCGCCGACUGAGUGUGUUAGUGAACAGCACCUCCUGGCUCUGGGAGGAAUCCUUUCAUCCAAUCAGAACAUCAGGAUCCUUUACUGUCGCGAGACCUUCGAACACCCCACGCUGGCAGACAACAAGUGUGUUUGCGAUGAACUUGCACCUCGUGUCCUGACACGCACAUCUGCCGGGAGGAUGAUACGAACAAGACUGAGGAUCGCUUCACGGCCACCGGCGUUGACCCUCAUCCAUCUUCAUCUGACCGGAGCCGCUCUUCACAAAGGGAGAUCUCGGAAGAAGAAAGCCAGAGGGGUGGGGAGCGACGAGAGAGCAUCACGAGAAAACCGUCAGCCUAGCCAGUCGGACACCACCCAGGAGCAAAAGGUCAAAGUUGAAUCGGAGAGCAUGGCACAUGGCCCCGCACAAACAAACCAGCUGGUCGAUGCGAGCAAACUUCUCUCCGAAGAGCAACGCUUCCUCAACGCUUUGCAUAACUUCAUGCGUGACCGCAAUACUCCCAUCUCCAGAAUCCCUCACCUGGGCUUCAAGAAAAUUGAUCUCUUCAUAAUGUUCACUGUUACACAACGACUCGGAGGAUAUGAGGCGGUUACUGCCCGGCGAUUGUGGAAACACAUCUACGAUGAGUUAGGCGGUAACCCAGGGAGCACCAGUGCUGCCACCUGUACCAGGAGACACUACGAGAGGUUGAUCCUUCCGUACGAACGCUAUCUGAAGGGGGAGGAGGACAAGCCGCUGCCCCCGGCCAAGGCCCGCAAGCACACGACCAGUAUGUCAGAGGACUCGGAGAAGGAGGUGAAAAUCAGAAACGGGGAGCUGCAUGUGAAAGUGAGAAAAGCCGAGAAAGAGGGUCACCUAGAGAAUGUUGAAGGUUCCCAAGUAAAGCAUCAGAAGAAGGUCCCAGCUGUGCAGGUGGAUGCUCGGAGACACCCAGACAGGCAGGUCCAACAUCUAAAAUGUGAAAAACCAGAGGGUGGUUCAUCGGCCGUGCGAGAACAUUCCAGAAUUAAGAGCUGGCCUCCGAUGGAUCAAGAAAAGGGUGAAAAGAUAGAAGCCGAGAAACUGAGGUCACGGGAGCAAACAAAACGAGGUGGGGAAACGCAAGAGAGCCACAAGUCAUCGCUGGACCUGGCCAGUGACUCCAGUGUUAAACCAAGCCUGCAUGUUGUGGGCGGAAAGAUCGACUUACGGCCCUCGGUGCCCAUGUUCCAACACCUCCAGUCCGGAAUCCUGAAUUUCCAGCUGCCCAGAGGGGUCUCACCUCUCGAUGUUCUCAAAAGCAGGCUGGGCUUGUCUACGUCCAAAGAUGCGUCCAGACCCACUUUGCACAGAGCUCACAAGGUGGAACGGCUGAACAGUCAGGUGCUCAAGUUGUGCUGUAAAACCCUGGGAGAGAGUGAAAGGGCCAAUGUAGCCACAGGGCUCACUACGGCAGGUCCCGAGGGGGCUCUUAGGCCAGGGAAGAAGCUUGUGUUUAGACAAGUGAAUGGGAUUCAAUUGGUGAAUCAGAAUGCAUCUCCGCUGUCUUUAUUAUGUAACACAGGCUCCUUGGAACAUAUUGAAAAUCUCAAGGAGGAAAAUAAAGCCAGCCCAAGACCAGAGCUAUUCAAGUCAUUGGCUGUAAAUGCUGCCAAUGGAAUGUCAUUGACUCAGCCCAGGAAGAGGGAUCUAAAGAGCGAAUGCUUGAAUUUAAGCAAGGCCUCAGAUAGCAGCUAUAUAUAUGACCAUAAAGGAACGCUGUGUGAGAUUUUACCUCAAAACUUAUCCAAUAAACAAUCACCACUACCCAGCGUAUCUUCAGUACACUACAGGGAACAAUCUUCUCCACUAAACCUCAGCAAAUCAAGCAGGGCUUCCUCAGUAAAGAGAACUAGGGAUUUCAUGGAUACACCACUUUAUCUGUCAAAGAAGACUGCCCCUUCCUAUCUGCUCCCUUCACCCCUCAAAGCCCACUGCAAGGACAAGGAAAGCCAUGAGAAAGAUGAACAGUCGGUCAAGAAACUCAAAUUAGAUUCCCAUUGCAACGAGGCAACUGACCAGAGUGGAGAUUCUCAACAUUUAGAUCCCAGCUCUGUGGUAGAGGGACUUAGUGAGCCACCUCCAAGCCAGGGUUCCACAAUUACGAUGGAUGAUCUGCCAACUGACUUAAGCCUACCAAGAUAUCCUAAGAUCCAGAAGCCAAGUGAAACCUCAACCGGUUCUGACAGCUCUCAAGAGAAGAAAAUGAGGUUGAGCUAUGAGACAGCGGGCAAAGAUCCCCCUGAUCCACCCCAGAUCUCAUCCUUACCAGGUGCCUCCAAAACAGUCACAGAGACCACCACUGCAGCCAAUAGCCAGAGGUCUUCAGCAGAAAAUGGCCUCCUUGGGUUGAUAAUAGUGGACCAAAUGAAGGAAAGCUGCCCAGAGGAUCUCCAAAAAAGUCCCGAAUGUCAACCACUUCCCUCAGGCAACACAAAGUCAGCUGAGCAAAGUCACCUGCCUCAUUCAGACAAGUCAAGAAAGGAUACAGAAGAAUCUUCUGGAAAGAAGUCACUUGCCUCUCAAUUGAAUAAAGUAUCUCAAGAGGGCACGCCUGAAAGAGAUUCGGAAUCAAAUCUGUCCAAUCAGGCAUCCUCUUCAACAAGUCAAGGGGACAACAGGAAAGGCCCAGCAUCAAGUCCCUACCUGCUUGGAGGCUAUCACCCAGCAUUAGUGCCUCAACUCCAGAACAUGGCAGAGAGAUUUGGAGCUCACUUUCAGCUCGUGGACUUGAAUAAAAAUUCUGUGAAGCCACGCAAGUCAGAUUCAGUGCUAAGCCCUGGCCUUCCUAAUUCUCCUGUGAUGGUUCCUGGCUCUGUGCAGCAUCGACAGCUCCUGGCGUCCCAUUCACAGCAGAUGUACAAUCACCUUCUGCGAGCCGCGGUCCUGCCAGGUUUGCCUUAUGAUGAGUUGCUCAUGCACAGACUAUCUUCCAGUCCUUCAGCAUUCUCACCCUCUCACUUAUCUGCAGUUUAUCCUGAGAAGCAACUGUGAUUGGCUUCACUGGUUACCUUGACAGCAAAAAAGAACUUCCUUUGUGUCAGUCUACAGAGGCUGCGUUUCAGCCAGCAGCUGACAAAGUUACCCUUCCUCAUUUCACUUUGUUUCUAGUUCUUUUUACAGUAUGUCUGAGAGGCUUUCAGGUGUUUAACUACGUUGCUCUGGAGCAACUGCUGGGAUCCCCUUUAGUAAAAUGGUGAGAAGCUUUGGAGAGCCCUCUGGCAUGAAGCUCACACACACUCAUGUAAAGUAGUGCAAAGUUCAAGAAGGAAGAGCAUGUGAGGGUUCGUCCUUGGAACCACUUUGUCUUCACACAGUGUCUCCCUACAAUGGACAAAUACAGCAUGUGAACCCCCAAGUGUUGCCAUUCUUUAACCCCCCC